AUGCCCAGUACCAUCAUAACAACAACUACAGAAGACACAACCACUCCAGAAACAGAAACCAGUACCGUGCCCAGUACCAUCAUAACAACAACUACAGAAGACACAACCACUCCAGAAACAGAAACCAGUACCGUGCCCAGUACCAUCAUAACAACAACUACAGAAGACACAACCACUCCAGAAACAGAAACCAGUACCGUGCCCAGUACCAUCAUAACAACAACUACAGAAGACACAACCACUCCAGAAACAGAAACCAGUACCGUGCCCAGUACCAUCAUAACAACAACUGAACAAGACACAAGCAUUCCAGAAACAGAAACCAGCACAUUUGAGACCACUAUCCUAACAACAAGAAAAGGUAAAAACAUUCAGCUUACAUUUACAGCAUUGUCUUCAGUACAUGGUCGAGAGAUCAGCUGCAGAAAGGCAUAG